GCGCUGCUCUAGCGGUAGAGCCUGAGAGCGGAGCCGGCGGCGAACGGAGAGGAGACCUGCUGCGGCCGCCGCCGACCCUCCUCAUAAAGUGUCCCGCCCGCCGCGGACCCGGCCGCUCUUCGAGCCUCCGCCCCGUCGACCCCUCAGGAGCGAGCCGGGAGGGGAGAUCAGGCUGGACUCGCCGCGGGGGACGGGUCGCCUCUCCACCCGCGGGGCCGGGCUGUCCGUCUCCGCCGCCGUCCUCAGCCCUCCGCGGGCACCGCCGUCCCCCGCGCCUCCGCGGCUGCCGGUCGCCUUUGCCCCGUCGAGCUGUCAGGCGGAGCCCACCCCCGCGGGCGGGCGGCGGUGGCCGCCGAGGUGCCCUCGCCCCGCCGUGCCCGCGGCCAUGCUGCCCUGGGCUGGGAGACGGCGGCGGCCUGAGCGGGGGUCGCCCUAGAGCGGCGGGCGGGCGGGGGAGGCCACCCCGCGGUACCACCGCCUGGGCCCGGGCCCCUGCCGGGGGGCGUCUGCCCGCCGGGGAAGGGGGAGGAGGCAGGGGGACGGCCAACAAGCGAAACAACUUCUGCCAAUUACAAAAGGAAAGGAAAAGGAAAAAAAAAAUAAUAAAAAGAGGCUCGUUCGUGGGACAUCUCCAGAGCUCAGCGCCACGCCAGGCAGCGGAGUCCCAGUAAAGCCCACCACGCUGGUGAACCUCGCCACAGUAACGGGAGGAAAGCUGGCUGCGGCCACCGCGCCAAAGUCCUGCACGCUUUAGAGUCAUCUUGGCUUUCUGGCUGGAAGAUGGUUCCUGUGACAGGGCCGUGUUGCUGCUGAUGGACCGCGGGGUGGUUGGAAGAUGCCUUCCUUGGGGAUUACACGUGGAGAAAGGCCAUCGGUCAAGGGGAGAGCUGGCUGGUGAAACUAUCUGACUUUCCCCCCUCACUGGGGAAGUGGCUUCAAUGGCUCCAUCUCCCAGAAGAAGCAGUAGGAAAGAUGCCAACGCCUUGCCAAGCAUGUCCUCAACUUUCUGGGCUAUCAUGAUCCUGGCUAGUCUCCUAAUCGCUUACUGCAAUUAUAAGAGCUAUUUUGGAGCGGAUAACCCUCAAUGGCUGUAUAUGAGACAUUGCCCGGGGUGCUUCCAAGAUGCUUUUGAGCUGGGUCAACUGGCUGCAGGUACAUGUGAGAUUGUUACUUUGGACAGAGAUAGCAGUCAGCCCCGAAGGACUAUAGCCCGACAAACAGCUCGCUGUGCAUGUAAAAAAGGACAGAUUGCCGGUACAACAAGAGCAAGGCCAGCCUGUGUUGAUGCACGAAUUAUCAAAACAAAACAGUGGUGUGAAAUGCUUCCAUGUUUAGAAGGAGAAGGCUGUGAUUUGCUAAUCAAUAAAUCAGGCUGGACCUGUACACAACCGGGAGGACGGAUAAAGACAACCACGACUGAAGACCAGCUGGAAAUGUCCUGAGGCCAUGGUCUAGUGGUCUGAGCUUGGGACUGGGAGCCAGAAACUCCUGAGCUCUAAUCCCGGCUCUGACAGUGACUCCCUCUGUGGCCUUGGCCUGUCUGAGGCCAUGUGGUUUGGAGAUCUGAUCACUAGUCCGAAAAGGAAAGGCUGUUUGCAAGAUUUCUGGGGUGUUUUUUCCUGGAAAAGGUCUCCUGACAAAUGCAGCAACACAGAAUCUUCGUAGGAGUGGUUUAGGCUCUGUGUGAGCUACUUUACUUAGUCAAGUUUCACUGCUGUGGAUCAUCAUCCGUUAUAUGUCAUCAACUCAACUGUCUGUUUCUCUGUAUCUCAUGAAUGACAGCAUAAUUCCGCUACAUUAUGAGCUAAAGUUUGUUCUACCAUACUAAGGAUCACUGGACUAAGGAAUAUAGAAAAAGAUAUAUGCUUGGGCAUUAGCAAUACAAAAAAGUUCAUGGUUAACGUUUCAUCUGCGUUAUACACCACUGCUGGACUUGCUGUUACCUACAUGUUUUAAUCCGAAGAGUCUGCUACAAUGAAGAGUAUUAUCCCAAUCAGCCUUAGAGAAGACUGUUUUGCCUAUGGGAGGACACUGAGGUGCAAAAGAGAAACUCUUCUUGUGCCCUAAACUGUCUGAAUUGCUUUUAUUUUCUUAUACUUUCAGUAUAUACAAUAGACCAAAGAGCAAAAUCUAUUUUAAAGUGGACACAAUCUUACUGUUAACAGAGUUAUGUCAUUAAAUUGUAGGAGGUCUCCACAAAGACAUGAUUCCGGCUUUCACAAAGCUGAGAUGUUGUUGUCCAGCAGAAGUCUUUAUGGAAAGCUGCAGUAAAAACGAACUCAGAGACCUGCUCUUGAAAUGCCACGUUCAAGAGAACAUAAUGGACCACUGAGAAAAAACGACCUAUGGUUGAAAAACUGGGACAAAAAGAACACAAACUGUCUACAUGGCACCUUUAUUCCUCUGUACUUAGAUUGACUUUCUCGUACUAAAAUCAUUUUCAGUUUUAACCAGUUAAACAUGCCUCUUCUACAGUUCCAUUUUUGAUAGUUAAAGUUGGAUAAUACAGUAUUUGCAAAGAGCAUGUUUGGUCAUCUGUGGCCUAUGUCUCAUCUGAUACACCAUUUAGCACCAGAAAGCAAAUUAAAGAGAAAACAAAAGUAACACUUGUUUGAAAGAGAUCAUUAAAUGUAUUUUGAAAAGCCUAAAGUUAUAUAUUUAACAGUUUUUAUAUGUUGUAUAUUUGUAGAAAAUCCUAUUUAACAAUUAACGUGAUAACUCUGACAGUCAUGACAAGUGGUUCAGAGUUAAGUUGUGUUUUUAUUACUUCAGUUGUCUCUGAAGUGACUGGUGUCGUUUGCUUUCUUCCAUUGGGACAUUCUGGAUGUAAAGCAUGACCAGAGAGGACUGUGUAGAAAAAGCAAAGAAUAAUGUUGUUUAUAUUACAUAAAUGCAUUCAACCAUUGCACUGUUGGAAGGCAUUUUUUAUCUUUAUUUUAUUUUUAUUUUUGUCUUUAUGUACUGAUAAAAACAGAGUGUAAGAUAUUUUACCCAUUGCUCUUCAUAGCAAAGUUUGGGUUUUUUCCUUCCUUCCUUCCUUCCUUCCUUCCUUCCUUCCUUCCUUCCUUCCUUCCUUCCUUCCUUCCUUCCUUCCUUCCUUCCUUCCUUCCUUCCUUCCUUCCUUCCUUCCUUCCUUCUUUUCUUUGUCUCUUUCUUCGCUCUUUCUUUUGCUCUUUCUUUCUCUCUCUUUUGCUCCUUUCUUUCUUUUUCAU